AUGACAAACCAGGUAGACUGCGAGGUACUUGUGGUCGGAGCCGGACCGGUUGGCCUUGUCACAAGUCUAGCCAUAGCCAAGGCCGGCAUCAACACCAUUCUCGUCGAAAGCCUUCCAGAUAUCGAUGACUCGCCGCGUGCAAUGGCCUACGGGGCCCCUGCGGUCGUCGAACUCGAAAGAGCCGGCGUCGCUGCGGACGCACGCAAAGUCGGCAUGGAGCCGUCGGACUACGAUUUCCGCCUGCGAUGGAUCACUCUUGACAACAGAUUGAUUGCCGAGUUCAAGCCAGAAGACAGGAUCCCGGGGUCCUUCGAUCCGAUACUAUGUGGCCAGUAUCAGUUGGCGAGGAUCAUUCAGCGGCAUCUGUCGGAGUAUGACUGCGCAAAGGUCCUUUUCAACCACCGAUUGCACGAUGUGAAGCAGGACGACCAUUCGAUAACAGCAGUUCUAGAGACGCCCGAAGGAACCAAGCACAUCACGGCGAAGUAUCUGGUCGGCUGUGACGGGGGCCGGUCCACGGUCCGCAAAGUCCUCGAUCUGGGCUACGAAGGCUUCACAUUGCCGCAGUGGCUCGUCGCGUGCAAUGUAAGGUACCCGUUCCGAGAGCACGGGUUCGGACGCGGUCAAUUCAUCGUGCAUCCGGAGCAUUUCUGCUUGGUCGCCAAGAUCGAUCCAACUGGGCUAUAUCGCGUGUCGUAUAACGAGCAGGAACACCUGACCAGGGACGAAGUUUUGGCCAACGUCCACAACAAAUUCGAGGCCAUAUUCCCCGGACCAAAGCCGCUCAGGAAGGAUGCAUAUAAAAUUGAAGCCGUCAGCCCGUAUCGCAUCCACCAGCGGAGUGCGACUUCAUACCGGAAAGGGAGGGCCUUAGUAGCUGGAGACGCAGCGCACGCUUGUUCCCCGUUCGGCGGAAUGGGCCUGACUGGCGGCAUAUGUGACGCUGGUGGUCUUGCCGACUGCUUGAUAGGCGUCCUGCGCAAAGGCUGCGACGACUCGUUGCUAGAUAAAUACGCCGAGAUCCGAAGACAAAAGUACAAAGAGAUCACAGAUCCUGUCAGCUACGGCAACACCUGCGCCCUGCGAGAUACCGAUCCCGAUGCGGCUGCGACGUCGGCGGAACCCUUCAAGACGAUGAAUGCAUCGCCAGAGGCUCGGCGGCUGAUGCUGGAGAAGGCAUAUUUGCUCGGCCACGAUUUUCGACAAUACUGGCCGACAGUCGAGACGGAAAAUGGCGAUAAAGAGCACAAAGCAGUGACAGACCCGGCUGAUAUUGCUGUCAUGAACCCGAGAAUCUCGCCAAGUGACGUUGAGUAUUGGGUGGAUCCGACCGGCCGAACCCUGCAGCAACCAUCAGAUCCGUCGUCUCAAUUUUCUGAGCCGUGGAGCUCUACCACAACAUUUCAUACAGCGGCAACCUCGCUUCGUACAGAGGCUCUCGAGAACAAUGUCGACAACGAAGGGAUAAUGAGGGAGGAUGAGAGGGCGCAUCGAGGCCGGGUGGGCAAGCCUGACAGGUCGUCUGGUCUUGAGAACACCGGAGCAAGGAAAGGCUUUGGCCCACAUCAGCAUUGUCCGCCCCACAUCCUCUCUGCUUCCCGACCUCAAUUCGACUCAUUCGAGCUUGGAGAUCAUGUAACACUGGAUGACCGUCACCACGACUUUGAUCCAAAUGACAUGCGGGAAGCCAUUGCCAGGUCCUUACAGGAGAUCAAAACGACCGAGGGCGACAGAACCGGCCAAGAUCAGAAGAUCACGGCACUGGAGCUCGAAUUGAAGAUAGUGAAAGAACAACUCCAGCUCGAACGCGAAAGACGAGAACCAGAUCGGCAGAAGUUCGAGCUUGAAAAAGAGACGGCCCGAAACAAGCCCUUGAGAGCAGGACGCAGUGAGCCAGAGGUUGCCAAAGUCCUCGAACCAGAUAUCAACUAUUCGGCUCCGAGGGGAAGGGAAUUGUGGAUAGGAGAAAUUCGGAGAGUCAACGGUCGCAACAUUGGGCGUGAAAGACGCCUUGAGGUCGGUGAAUAUGUGGUUUGUCGACGGAAGGGUCGUAGGGAGGAACAAGUGAGAGGCAGAAAGUAG